GUGGGGCGCGCUAGUUGCGUGCUUGGGGAGAACCCGGGAAGGCCGCGGUGGUGGCGGUGGCGGCGGCAGCAGGGACGGCCUCGGUGCGGGGCUGAGUCCGAGAGACUCGCGCCACCGGGGCUCCUGGCACAGGUACCAGCUGCAGGCCACACUGGUCUGUGGACAGAGCAACCUAAGACUUCCGCAGCCCUGGUUGCCCAGCCCCCUGAACAACUUCCAGCUCCAGCAGGUAGAGUUCCUCAAGGGGCAUCGUCCAGCAGCACCACUGCUACCGACUUCCUCUGGACUCCAGCCCAGGUUCCCCGGACCCCCCUCCAGGGCCGUGCCGGGAGAUCACUUCCUGCCAGGGUACCUACAGCCUCCCCAGCAUGGCAGCGGAGUCCAGCCAUGGCAAGGCCUUGAACAACUCUCCUCACAGUUCCAGCAGCUAAGCAUCAGCCAGGUACAGGAGCAGCACAUCUGGGCACUCCUGAAGGAGCUGGGCAAAAACCAGUCCACCACCGCCAAGGAGCUGGCCUAUCGGCUGCAUACAUCCCCAAAAUCUGUCAACCAGGCCCUGUACUCCCUGAAAAGGAAAGGGUGGCUACACCAGCAGCCAGGGCGGCCCCCUCGGUGGAGAAUUGUUGCCUCCACUCAGACCUGGGACCACCCACCUCACCAGCCAGGCAGAGCACAGCCACUCUGCAAAGAGGACAGUCCCCACGGGCCUGGGGCCCAGCACUUAGAGACUGGAGACCAGGACCCUACUCCUGACCUGGUGGAUCUCCCUGAGCCCUUGGACAUGGCUGAGCUCAAGGAGAAAAUCUGUGACUACCUGUUCAAUACAGCCAACUCCUCAUCCCUGAACUUGGCCAGAAACGUCGGCCUCAGCAAGGCCCGUGAUGUCCAUGCAGCGCUGCUGGACCUGGAGCAGCAGGGCGAUGUCCGCAGGCAGGGUGCCACCUCCCCAAUCUGGUACCUGACGGACAAGAAGCGGGAGCGACUGCAGCUCAGGAGGGGGCCUGGUGGCACUGCCCAGACCCCACAGGCUGGGGACAAUCGUGAGCUGCCCACAUGCCCCCUACCCACACCACCCACCGUCCCCACAAGCCUCACAGCCACAGCCCUGAAGGUGGAGAAUGGGCAAAUACCAAGUAUAAAGCUAGAGACGCCAGCAGAGCCCCCACGGCCCAAGCCCCCUCUUGUACAUCACAGCAUCUCCUCUCAGCCCAGCUAUGCUGACUCCGAGAAUGGCCAGUGGGCCACCGACGACAUCCCUGAUGACCUGAACAGCAUCCGUGCGGCGCCAGGUGAGUUCCGCACCAUCAUGGAGAUGCCCUCAUUCUACAACCACGGCUGGCCACGCUGCUCACCUUACAAGAAGUUAGCCCAGUGCCACUUGAAGAACCCCGUCAGUGGACUGCUGGAAUAUGCCCAGUUCGCCAGCCAGACGUGUGAGUUCCAGCUGCUGGAGCAGAGCGGGCCACCCCACGAGCCCCGAUUUAAAUUCCAAGUUGUUGUAAGUGGCCGAGAGUUUCCCCCAGCUGAAGCUGGCAGCAAGAAAGUAGCCAAGCAGGACGCAGCCCUGAAGGCCUUAAAGAUUCUGCUCGAAGAAGAGAGAAACAAGGAUGGAGGGAGGCCUGAAGAACUGCGACACUAUUUGGAGGAGAAGGAGUCUGAGAAGGCUGCAGAGCCCCAGCCCGCUGCCCCCUCAGCACUCUUAUCUUCCGGGAAGAGCCCCGUCACCACCUUGCUGGAAUGUGUUCACAAGCUGGGAAGCUCCUGUGAAUUCCGCCUCCUGUCCAAAGAAGGCCCCGCCCAUGACCCCAAGUUCCAGUACUGCGUGACCGUGGGAACCCACACUUUCCCCACAGCCAGUGCCCCCAGCAAGAAGGUGGCCAAGCAGAUGGCUGCCAAGGAGGCCAUGAAGGCCCUGAACGAGGAGACGAGCAAUUCGAGCCACUCAACGUCAUCCUCCGAGGACCAGCCUGGAGGCACUGGCACGGAGACCCUGGACAGCCUGGAAUCUGUGUUGCCUGGCAGCAGUCGAAGGGUCAGUGAGCUCGUCCGCUACCUCAACACCAACCCUGUGGGGGGCCUCCUCGAGUAUGCCCGCUCCCAUGGCUUCACAGCUGAGUUCAAGCUGGUCGAUCAAUCGGGACCACCCCAUGAGCCCAAGUUCGUUUACCAAGCCAAAGUCGGGGGUCGCUGGUUCCCUGCUGUGUGCGCAUAUAGCAAGAAGCAGGGCAAGCAGGAGGCAGCUGACGCGGCUCUGCGUGUCCUGAUCGGGGAGAAUGAGAAGGCCGAGCGCCUGGGCUUCACAGAGGUAACCCCUGUGACAGGGGCCGGGCUCAGAAGAACUAUGCUCCUCCUCUCCAGGGCCUCAGAGACACAGCCAAAGACACUCCCCGUCACGGGCAGCACCUUCCAUGACCAGAUUGCUAUGUUGAGCCACCGGUGCUUCAAUGCCCUCACCAACAAUUUCCAGCCAUCUCUGCUGGGCCGCAAGAUCCUGGCCGCCAUCAUCAUGAAGAGGAAUGCUGAGGAUCAGGGCAUUGUGGUCAGCCUGGGGACAGGAAACCGAUGUGUGAAGGGGGACGCACUCAGCCUGAAGGGGGAGACCGUGAACGACUGUCACGCUGAGAUUAUCUCCCGGAGGGGUUUCAUCAGGUUUUUGUACAGCGAGUUAAUGAAGUAUAACUCACAGACUGCGAGGGACAGCAUAUUCGAGCUGGCCAGCUGUGGAAAAAGACUGAAGAUCAAGAAGAACGUGUCUUUCCAUCUCUACAUCAGCACUGCUCCGUGUGGUGACGGCGCCCUCUUCGACAAGUCGUGCAGUGACAGAGCCAUGGAGAGCCCUGAUUCCCACCACUACCCUGUCUUUGAGAACCCCAAACAGGGCAAGCUCCGCACCAAGGUGGAGAAUGGGGAAGGCACCAUCCCAGUGGAGUCCAGCGACAUUGUGCCCACCUGGGACGGCAUCCGGCUUGGAGAAAGGCUACGGACCAUGUCCUGUAGCGACAAGAUCCUGCGCUGGAAUGUGCUAGGCCUGCAGGGGGCACUGCUCACCCACUUCCUACAGCCCGUGUACCUCAAGUCAGUCACACUCGGCUACCUUUUCAGCCAAGGACACCUGACUCGUGCCAUUUGCUGCCGCAUGACCAGAGAUGGGCGUUCAUUUGAAGACGGGCUCCGAUACCCCUAUAUUGUGAACCACCCCAAGGUUGGCCGUGUCAGCGUCUAUGAUUCUAAGAGACAGUCGGGGAAGACCAAGGAGACUAGCGUCAACUGGUGUCUGGCUGAUGGCUACGACCUGGAGAUUCUGGAUGGGACCCGGGGCACUGUAGAUGGGCCACAGAAUGAGUUGUCCCGCAUCUCCAAGAAGAACAUCUUCCUCCAGUUUAAGAAGCUUUGUUCCUUCCGUUACCGAAGGGACCUGCUCCAACUCUCCUACGGUGAAGCCAAGCGAGAGGCCCGCGAGUACGAACUGGCUAAGAACUAUUUCAAAAAGGGCCUGAAGGACAUGGGCUAUGGGAACUGGAUCAGCAAGCCCCAGGAGGAGAAAAAUUUCUACCUCUGCCCAGUGUAGCAUGGCCGAGGCUGGCCCCAAGGGAGCAAGGAGGCCUUGUGGGCCUAUCACAUGGCUCACUAGCAAGCUUCCCUUGGCUUUUUCCCCAGGGGAUCCACAACUGGCCAUACUGAGGACAGAGUCGCCCUGCUUUCCUCGGAGAAAGGGUUACUGUAUAGCCAGACCCUUUCUCUCUCCCCCCCCCCCACCAAGUCAAGGGGCUGUGACCAGGGGAGAGAGGUGGGGUCUCUAUCCACCACCCAGCUCUGUGCUGGUGACUGUCCUCUUCAUCUUUAUGGGAUGCCUGCCUUGUUGUGGUCAAGGCCUGUUUCCCAUUCUUCUGAGAGGACAAAGAGGAGAGUUUCGAGAAUCAGGUGACCGUGAACUGCCGCAAGCUCACUGCCAAGUGUGGUCGGAACCUGCAGCUGAGGUCUUUGGGCAUUCAGAUCUUGCACGUUAGCCCUCUGGGUGGGAGGCGCAAUUAGAGUGGAGUGGAAAGGCCCAUCCCUUCCUGAGCAACAGGACAGUGGGAAUGGCCAAGCCGUGGUCCACUAUCUCACAGUGACAGGUCUCCUCUUAGAGGGUGCCUCCUUCCACUUUAGGGUAUGCAGUUCCCUACUAUUCCUCCUAGAGCAUUCCUAGGAAUCUGUCUAGCUGAGGUGGGGAGAGGGUGGUUGGCUGCCAGGGAAACCUCUAGAGGUUGAAUCAGCUGUUCAGUUAAUCAGGGUGGAAUGAAAAUAAAAGGUACAGGUCACAAUCACCAGACAGAUCCCUGUCCCACAGCACAGUUUCUGGGGCCAUGACAUCAAGCACAAAUGAGGAGUGCUUCAGGGACCCAGUGGGGGCCCUGUGGGUGCCGACUCCAACUCUGAAUUCCUGGUGUCCCCUUCCCAGGUUCCCAGGUGCUUGGCUCUGCCAGGGCAUCCCCGUGACAGGUCCCAACCAGAGGCCCCCUCUGUAGCCAAGGGCUCCGUAAGGCAGGAGAAGAAGGCACCCAAAAACUGGGCAGUGGCCUCUGGGCUACACCUUGGGCCAACUUGAGCUCAGCCAUUAGUGGCUCCCCUGGGCAGAGCUGCUUGGAGUCUACUGUGACCUGCAGCAGCCAGGGACCUCCAUCCUGGCCUCCCAUCUCCCAUCUGUGACCUUAUGAGCAGCACCCUCAGCUGAGCCGCCUUCUGCGACCCCCCCCCCCCCCCAACCACCCAUCCCACCACCUCCGCAGUAGCUAAGUUCACGUUUGCACUUUUACUCUCUUGGUUACUAUCCCUUCUAUACUGCUGACCAGAAGUUGACCAAAAUCAGAAAACCCAGGUUUUGUUUGUGCUUUUUAAUCCAGGAAGGCUGUCUUUGUGGGCACCAGAGUGUCCCAAGGAGCAAGUGGAGUAACCAUUUCCUAGGGCACCAGCUCCACCCUAGUCCUGGUGAUCUGCUAACGGCUGGUGCCACCCAGCCUGCAGGGCCCCGCCUGCCCCCUCAGGAUGUUGGAGCAUCUGCUCUGACAGGCUAAGACUCCUGUAGUCUCUCUUGAACCAGGAGUCCAGAUCCCCGGCUCACCCCACGUCUUGUCUGGUAGCCUACUCUACCCUGUUUCUUUGUGGAAAAGUGGCAAGGCCUCCCCAAACCCUUCACGUCUGCUGGAAACAAGAUCAUGUUGGGCCUUGCACGCUUCCCUGAGACCCCCCAACCCCUGAGGCGGGCAGGGUGGCCUCCAUGCUCCCUGCUGUUUUCCCUUUUAUUUUUGUCCAAUCUGUCUUUUAACAAGCAGGCUGGCCCACCUUUUUUUUUUUUUUAAUGAUCUUUGUAGUUGAUGUGUCUGGACUAGGCUAUUGCGCUUUCUUAGAAUAAUCAUGUACAAGCUGUCCCUGCUUGAAGCCAUUCCCUUUACUCAUGUUAAAUGGACUCUUGUUUUUAAG